CGUCAGUUUUCGCUGUUCGGCUUGAGUGUUUACUUUCCUCAUUCGUAAGCUGCGGUUUGUCCGCGUCGCUAAAAGUUUUUAUUCGAUAAUUCCAGUAAAAAAACAGUUCCAGUGAUUAAAUUGGGCUGAAAUUCAAGCUCCGAGAUGGCCCAGAACAAAACGGAUCUGAUGGCCGUUUUGGCCGUGCUAAAAAAGUACAACUUGAAGGGAACGGAGGACAUCCUGAAAAAGGAAGCCAGCUUGUCGGACGUUCCGGAACAUGCGGCUGGCGAGGCGGACGUCAACAGUGUAUUGGCUGCCUACAAAAGCGAAGGCGAUCCGGACAUUUACGAGAACUCUUACAUGGAGUUGCGUCGGUUCGUGGAGGAAUCGCUGGACAUCUACCGGCACGAGUUGGCCCUGAUCCUGUAUCCGGUUCUGGUCCACAUGUACAUCGAACUGGUUUACAACAGCCACGAGGAGCAGGCGAAGAAGUUGAUUUCGAAGUUCGGUCCGGAACAGGAGUAUUACUAUCAGGAUGAGUUGACCAAAUUGGCCAUGGUGACGAAACGGGAUCAGAUGAGUGGGAAUGACCUCACGGACACUUUCAAAUCGAAUGCCUUUACCAUAAGGAUUUCCCGGGACACUCUUUCCCUGUUGAAGCGACAUCUUCACGAGAAGAAGGCAUCCGUUAUUCUUAACAUUGUUAAUGAGCAUUUGUUCUUUGACCUCUACGAAGGCGUUGCCCGAAACAAAGCCCAAUGCGAUGCCACUUCCGGGGCGAUGAUUGGCGAGGCAAAACGCCUGGAUAACAAGGUCAAAGUUUACUACGGCUUGCUGAAAGAGCCAGACGUUCAAACCUUGGUGCAAGCUCCCCCCGAGGAAGAUGACGACAUGGACCCGGAAGCACCAGAUAAGCCGAAGAAGAAAAAGCCCAAGAAGGAUCCGUUGUUUUCGAAGAAGUCCAAGUCGGAUCCCAAUGCACCACCGCUGGAUCGGAUUCCGUUGCCGAAGCUUAAGGACGUGGACAAAAUGGAAAAGAUCAAAGCGCUGAGGGAAGCUUCGAAGAGAGUGAAUCUGGGGCCGGAUUGUUUGCCGUCCGUCUGUAUGUACACGUUGCUGAAUGCGAACUAUACGGUGACUUGCGCUGAAAUCUGCGAAGACUCCAGCUUAAUAGCCAUCGGCUUUUCCGAUUCGUCCAUCAAAGUGUGGUCACUGUCGCCGAUCAAAUUGCGGGAAAUGAAAGCCGCAGACCUGCUGAAAGAGAUCGAUCGAGAUGCUGACGAUGUGUUGAUCCGCAUGCUGGACGAUCGCAAAGCCGAUACCAGCCGGAUGUUGUAUGGCCACAGUGGUCCCGUAUACCGGACUGCUUUCUCACCGGAUCGCACCAUGCUUCUGUCCUGUUCUGAGGAUUGCACCAUUCGUCUUUGGUCGCUGCACACGUGGACCUGUGUGGUGGUCUACAAGGGCCAUCAGUUCCCUGUGUGGGACGUGCGUUUCUCUCCGUAUGGCCAUUACUUCCUCAGCUGUUCGCACGAUAAAACCGCUCGACUGUGGGCCACGGAUUCGCAUCAACCGCUUCGCAUCUUUGCGGGACAUCUGUCCGAUGUGGACGUCUGUAUAUUCCAUCCGAACUCGAACUACGUUGCUACCGGAUCGAGUGACCGCACCGUUCGCUUGUGGGACAUCAGCGUCGGAAACCACAUCCGUUUGAUGACGGGUCAUAAGGCUCCCAUUCACGCGUUGGCCUUCUCCAUCUGCGGCCGCUAUCUGGCGUCCGGAUCGGCCGACUGCCGGGUGUUGAUUUGGGAUCUGGCUCACGGUCAUCUCAUAGCGGCUCUGUGCGGCCACUCGGCUUCCGUCCAUUCGCUGUGCUUUAGCCGUGACGGAGUUGUGCUGGCUACCGGUGGACUCGACUGCUGCCUCAAACUGUGGGACUUUUCCAAACUGUGCGAAGAUAUUAGCGGGGAAAAUGUCAACGUGUCGCACAAUCCGGACGUGCGCGAUGGGGAACCGUACCUGAUGCGGUCGUUCCCGACGAAGCAGUCGCCAUUCCUGACGUUGCACUUCACCCGGAGGAAUUUGCUGCUGGGGGUUGGAAUGUUUGAGGGAUCGGCUUAAGGUAAGUGAAGAGUUUAUAUUUUAGGCGCACCAUUUUUUGUAUUGGUUAAAUACUUUUAUGUAUAAGAUUGUCGAUGUCUACCAAUUUGACCCAUUAAGUGGAGAUUUUUUUAUAAUCAAUAGACUUUCCAAGUAGUAUUUCGCAAA